AUGAAGGAAAACGUCGUGAGUAAACUAACACGCCUUAGAAACAAAAUUGAUGAUGUAUAUGAUCCGCCAAUGCGCAGUUGGCAAGGUAAUUGCUGUGAGGAGGCGCGUGAUGGCGAGGGCGACGAAGCUGAGCCACAGAAUGAUCACUUGCCAAAACCAACUGCGGGUCCGACUGAUACUGUAUGUACACUACCAGAAGAACAGCUUAAAAUUACGAGGUCACCAUUGCGAUAA